CACAUUCGCCCACACAACGAAUGGCUUUCUAUUCAAUUUAAACAUUCUUAGUACAAACACCGUAGCAGGCACCUUCUAACAGCUUUCAGUCCAGUACGGAGGGAAAAAAAAAACAACAGAACAAAAGCAGAAACAUGUCAGCAAAUACCGCUCUAUUGAACGCCGCACACGCUAUGCUCUCCUCUGAUCUAUUGCCAAAUGUGAAUCUGAGCAAUUGGGAAAAACUAGUAACCGACGAUGAGUUUCGCGAUUUCAUGAAACUAGUCGAACAAUACAAGCAUCCGAAGCAUAAUUACACACACGAACCAGGAUUGGAUAAGUGCCAUGACUACUGCACGGGCGAAUUGUAUCAGAUAUUGCGCACCUACAAUGGAGUUCAUGGCUAUGUGGCAUUGUUGAUCUGUAUAUUCGGCACAAUUGCGAACAUUCUGAACAUAAUCGUGCUAACCAAAAAGGAUAUGGCCAAAGCGCCCAUUAAUAAAAUACUCAAAUGGCUGGCAAUAGCAGAUAUGUUUGUGAUGAUCGAGUAUAUACCAUUUGCAUCAUAUCAGUAUAUCUAUAUGAAACCAGGCGAGAAGGAUUUUAGUUACGCUUGGGCGGUAUUCAUCCUUUUCCAUAUGCAUUUCACCCAAAUCCUGCAUACAAUUUCCAUUGGACUGACGGUGACAUUGGCGAUAUGGCGUUAUGUGGCCAUAAGGCAUCCACAUGGACGUUUUGCUGCCUUUCUGCUGUCACAUUGCAAUGAAGCGAUUAUAUUUUCCUUCAUCGUAUCGCCGGUGGUCUGUUUUCCAACAUUGUUUGUAUUUAAGGUGCGGGAGAGUUAUGUGGAAGAUAGUACGGAACCGUUGUACCACGUUUACGCGGAAAAGGAUACCAGGUUGUACAGAAANAAUUUUUGGAUUCAUUCCGUGAUUAUUAAAUUAUUGCCCUGCUGUAUAUUAACCGUGAUAAGCUUUAUAUUGGUACGAGUAUUGUGCGAAGCAUCGAAGCGUAAGCAAAAGCUGAAGGAGUACAGUAAUCCCGCGAAAGGCAGCAGUGGCAAUGAUGGCGGCGCAAGUGGUGGCGAGGCACCACUGACUGAGCAGCAACACUCACAACGUCCACCAAAAUGUGAUCGCCGUACAGAUCGGACCACAAUGCUGUUGGUAGCCGUACUCAUACUGUUCCUGGUGACCGAAUUUCCACAAGGCAUACUCGGACUACUUUCGGGUGUUUUGGAAAAAUGUUUCUUCUUUGUAUGCUAUCCACCCUUCGGUGAAAUGAUGGAUCUAUUGGCGCUCAUCAAUGCCGCUGUUGGCUUCGUACUCUACGGUCUAAUGUCAAAACAAUUCCGCACAACAUUCAAAUCAUUAUUCUUCAAAAAGAAUUUCGGUAGCAUGGAAAUGACACGACUGACACGGGUCACCACGACGUGUGUUUGACUCCGGUGUCGAGGGUCACCUUAGCUGCUUUAAGUACUGCAAACGUUGCAAGGGCUGUGUCGACUGCUGAGCUACUUACUAAAUAUUGCGAGUUAUGCGCUCAAAGAAAGGCGAAAUAUUCGCAUUAGUGCUUACAAAAUCCACAAUUUGGUUAAAAAAGAAUUUAUACAAAAAAAAAAAAAAAAAUGAUGAUGUUUAGCAAAAAUAGCGGUUUGUAGUUACUUUUACUGUUAUGUUGUUGCGCGCGUGGUG